CAGGCUAUCUCCUAUCUCCGCAGUAAAUGACAAGUCUAUUUUGGAAAGGAGGCAGCGCCGAAACAGGCACGUCAGCUAUUUGGCAUGAUGAGGUACCGGAGAAGAAAGAAAAAAUAAGUCUAGUCAACCGCCCACUGCAGGAGACUGGGGGAUGUUCCACUACCCUGAAUUUACAACCAUUUCAAGGAUAUUUAAGCACAAAGAAGACAUUUUUUUGGUGGGAAUUCUAAACACAAAUGUUGGAGUUUCCAUCCGGAAAGUUUGACGGCCAACUGACGUUUUAGCCCACAUGAUUCAACGCCCGCUUUACCUGAGUGGCUGAAGACUCAAGAAACAAAACAAUGGAUCAGAAUUUGUUUGGAGGAGCCCCCAGGUUUCUCACCCGCCCUAAGGCGUUCUCUGUGUGUGUUGGCAAGGAUGCCACACUGAGCUGCACUAUCAUGGGCAGCCCGACCCCAUUGAUCACCUGGGAAAAGGAGAAGCUGAAGUUGACAUCUGGGGGCCGCUUCAAGACCGUGGAGGAUGGAGAUGUGUACCGCCUGACCAUCUAUGACUUAACCUUGGAGGAUAGUGGCCAGUACAUGUGCCGGGCCAAAAACAGCGUUGGGGAAGCUUAUGCUGCUGUAACCCUCAAAGUGGCCCUGCCAACAGAGAUGGCUCAGAAGGCCCCUGUUUUCAUGCUUAAGCCUACCUCUGCACGUGUGGAUUUGGGAGGCGAUGUUGUUUUCCACUGUCGUGUUGCAGCUUACCCUGAUGCCAACUUUGACUGGGAGAAGGACGGGCGCUACUUGGGGGAGACUAACCGCAUCAAGAUUGUUUCAGACAGCGACAGCAGCACCUUAAAAAUCCAAAGUGUACGUAACCUGGACAGCGGCACCUACACCUGCAGGGCCCAGAACACUGUGGGUCGGUCACACGCUGCAGCAGCUCUUGUCGUAGAUGCCCAGGAUUCCCGCCACCUGGCUGCAGACAAGAACACCUCCCUCCUCUCUCACCUGCAAAAACGCAAAGAAGAAUUCAAGAAGGACAUCUCUAUCUAUCGCACUGAAGAUGGCAGCUCCUCAGUUUCUUCCUCCUCCACAGCCAAUAUCACAGAUGGUUUUUCUCAUAGUCUGGAAUAUGAGCUGAGGGCAUCUGCGCUGGCAAAGCUGCCCAAAGGUGUGUUCACCCGUACCUGCACUGUCACUGAGGGCAAACAUGCCAAACUCAGCUGCUUUGUGACGGGUCACCCCAAACCCCAUAUUAUUUGGAGGAAGGAUGGAACAAACAUCAGCGAGGGCCGUAGGCAUGUCAUUUAUGAGGAUCAUGCUGAGAAUUUCAUCCUCAAGAUCCUGUACUGCAAGCAGACUGACAAUGGUCUCUACACUUGCAAUGCUACCAAUAUGGCCGGGCAGACCUACAGUGCUGUGUUGGUGACAGUCAAAGAGCCAAAGGUGCCAUUUAGGAGGAAGCUGCAAGAUGUGGAGGUUCAAGAGAAAACUUCAGCCACACUGAUGUGUGAGGUGCCUCUUAGUGCCAGCCAGGCCAACUGGUUUAUGGAAGAAACACGUCUGGAACAAAGUUCUAAGUAUCGUAUUGAGGAAGAAGGCAGCCUGCGUCGUCUCACUAUACACAAUGUCACCACCAACGAUGAUGGUGUUUAUAUCUGCGAGAUGAAAGAGGGCAGUCGCACUGUGGCUGAGCUCACUGUCCUAGGCAACAUUACUAAGAAGCUUCCUCGGAGGACAGUAGUUCCUGUCAGUGACACUGUCAUCUUCUGUGUGGAGCUGGAGCAUCCCUGCCCUGAUGCAUACUGGACCCGCAAUGGCGAGAAACUAAAGGAAGAUUCCCGCAUUUCCAUUGCCUGCAUGCUCAGACAGUACACUCUCACAAUUAGAGAGUGCCAGGCAGAUGACUCAGGAGAGGUGGCCUUUGUGGCUGGAGACUGCAAGACCUCCACUCGAUUCUCUGUCACUGCUGCAAGGAAGCAUCCUCCCGAUCCCCCAGUUGAUGCUGUGGUGCAGAACAAGACUGACUCAUCCCUCACCAUUCAGUGGUCUCCUCCUGACAGUGACCGCCCCGUGCCCAUCAAGGGCUACAUUGUGGAGAGGAGGAAGGUUGGCACUCAGACAUGGCAGAGGUGCAAUGCCGGAAAAACAGUUACCUCAACAGAGAUCACUAUCAACAGCUUUGUUGAGGAAGCCAGCUACCAAUUCCGUAUCUCUGCUAUCAAUGACUUUGGCCAGAGUCCCUACCUGGAAGUGCCUGGAAGCUUCUACCUUGAACCAACUGCAGAAAUCAGGAAAGGCCUGGUGAACAGCACUGCAGUCUUUGGAGAGGAGUUCUCUCUCUCUCUGGAGCUGUCUGCUGCCUGUUCUGGCUUUUGGUCUCUAAAUGGCCGCCUCCUGCGCAGUGGAGGAGACUACCUCAUCACCAGGUCCAAGAACGUACACACUCUGCUCAUACGAGUCGUGACCAUGGAAAUGAAUGGAAAUGAAGUCAAGUUUGUGGGUGGAGGCUCGGAGAGCAGUUGCAUCCUCUCUGUGAAGGUCCCUCCUGUUAGGUUCACUAAUAAGUCAGAUCAGCUGGAGGUGGUGACCUGCAGUGCCCAAGCCACUGCUCAGCUGACUGCUGAGGUGUCAGAUUAUGAUGCACAGGUGGUUUGGAUGAAAAAUGGGCGGGAGUUAAAAAUGGGCAAGAAGUAUGAAUAUGUGAUGACUGAACGCAAGAGGAUCCUGAUGAUACACAAUGUUACAGAGGAAGAUGUGGGCAUCUAUGAGUGUGUUUUAGCUGAAGACAGGAUGUCCAUGCAACUCACUCUUAAAGAUGAACCUGCUAAGUUUUUGAACAAGGCCAGAGGUCCCAUGGGACUGUCAUCGUCCCUUAAAGGAGAUCUUGAGCUGAGCUGUGAGGUUUCUCCUGCCAGCGCAACCGUUUUGUGGAGAAAAGAUCAAGUGGAGAUCACUGAGGACCAAAGAACUACCAUGAUCUCCAAAGGGACUCAAAGGAAACUCAUUAUCAAGAGUGCCAAGAAAAGUGACGAAGGACAUUACUCCUGUGAGACAGCAGCAGACAAAGUCACAUUCCAGGUCAAGAUAAAAGAAACUCAAGCCCAAGCUGCCUUCUCCAACAAGGAGUCAGUCCAGCAGGAGGUGAAAGCUACUUUCUCCCAAAAAGCCACUCUUAGUUGCAAUGUGUCUGAUAGCAAGACAGAGGUAAAAUGGUACAAAGACGGCAAGCUGUUGAUAUCCAGUAGGACGAUAUACUCAGAAUCCAAAGGCAAUACCCGUCAGCUGGUGAUUGAAAAGGUGGAGAAGAAGGAUGCUGGAGAGUAUACCUGCGAAGCUGGAGGAGAUAAGCUGGUCUUCAAGAUAUUCGUGUCAGAGCCCCAGGUUGCAUUCUUCAACAAAGAAUCAGUCCAGAGGGAGGUGAAAGCCACUCUUUCCCAGAAAGCCACUCUGAGCUGCGAGGUAGCUGAUUCCAAGACAGAGGUGAAAUGGUACAAAGAUGGCAAGCUGCUGACUUCCAGCAAGACAAUACAUGCAGAGUCGAAGGGUAAGAGUCGCCAACUGGUGAUAGACAGUGUGGAGAAGAAGGAUGGUGGAGAGUACAUCUGUGAGGCUGGGACUGAGAAGCUGGCCUUUAAGAUACAUGUGGCAGAGGCCCAGUCAGCCUUCUUCAGUAAAGAAUCUGUCCAGAAGGAGGUGAAAGCCACUCUCUCCCAGAAAGCCACUCUUAGCUGUGAGGUAGCUGAUUCCAAGACAGAGGUAAAAUGGUACAAAGAUGGAAAGCUGCUUACCACCGGCAAGGCAAUACAUGUAGAGUCGAAGGGCAAGAGUCGCCAGCUGGUGAUAGAGAGUAUGGAGAAGAAGGAUGGUGGAGAGUACAUCUGUGAGGUUGGGACUGAGAAGCUGGUCUUCAAACUCCAGGUGGCAGAAGUCCAGGCUAAAUCUGCUUUCCUCAAUAAAGAGUCUGUCCAGAAGGAGGUAAAAGCCACUCUCUCCCAGAAAACCACUCUAAGCUGUGAGGUAGUCGAUAACAAGACAGAGGUAAAGUGGUACAAGGAUGGCAAACUGCUGAGUCCAAGUAGAGCAGUUCAGAUGGAGUCUAAGGGCAAGAGUCGUCUACUGGUGCUCAGCAGCCUGGAGAAGAAAGAUGCAGGAGUGUACAUGUGUGAAGUUGGAACUGAUAAAUUGGAAUUUAAAGUACAGGUGACAGAGGUUCAACCCAAGUCAGCCUUCUCCAACAAGGACACAGUUCAGAAGGAGGUGAAAGUCACUAGCUCCGAGAAAGCCACUUUGAGCUGCGAGGUAGCUGAUUCCAAGACAGAGGUGAAGUGGUACAAGGAUGGCAAGCUCCUGACUUCCAGCAAGACAAUACAUGCAGAGUCGAAGGGUAAGAGUCGACAGCUGGUGAUAGACAGUGUGGUGAAGAAGGAUGCCGGAGAGUACAUCUGUGAGGCUGGGACUGAGAAACUGGCUUUCAAGAUACAGGUGGCAGAAGCCCCGGCUGGCUUCUCUAACAAGGAGUCAGUCCAGAAGGAGGUGAAAGCUACUCUCUCUAAGAAAGCCACUCUGAGCUGUGAGGUUUCUGAUUCCAAGGCUGAGGUAAAGUGGUACAAGGAUGGCAAGCUGCUGACCUCCAGCAAAACGGUCCACAUGGAGACAAAGGGCAGGAGUCGUGAGCUGGUGAUAGAAAAAAUGGAGAGAAAGGAUGCUGGAGAAUACACAUGUGAGGCUGGAACAGAAAAGCUGGUAUUUAAGCUGCAGACGGCAGAAGUAGCUGCCAUGUUCCAGAAGAAGUCUGUCCAGGACACCUGUAUUGUUCAAGCAAGUGAAAACAUUGUAUUGACCACUGAGCUGACCACAGAGAGUGCUAGUGUGAGGUGGUUUAGAGAUGGUGUGGCGCUCAAGGAGAGCAGCAAGUAUGAAAUGAAAAAAGAUGGCCUUUCUCGUACUCUGAUAGUAAAAUCCGCUGAAUCCAAAGACAGUGGAACAUACUCUUGUCAAACUGCUGAAGACAAACUAGAGUUCAAAGUCCAGGUUAAAGAGUUAGCUUUGAAGUUUGUUGUUCCUUUGAAACCUGCUACGGUGGAGUUGGGAAGUAACCUAAGCCUGACGUGUGAAUUAAACCAAGCCUCAGGGGAUGUUGUCUGGCAUCAUGGUGGUUCUGAGAUUAAACCUGGUGGCAGGUACUGCAUCAAGACAGAUGGUGCAAGGCGGGUUCUCACUGUGACUGGCAUGACUAAGGAAGAUGAAGGAGAAUACAGCUGUGAAUGUAAAAAUGACAAGACUUCUGCUAAAGUCUCUGCAAAAGCACCCAGAUUAGUGAGGAUCACUGCCAAACUGAACAAUGUGGCUGCAAUGGAGGGAAAAGAGGCCAUUUUCAAGUGCGCUGUCACCCCAGCGGACGUCAAUAUUAAAUGGUUCCACAACAACAUACCCAUCACUACUGGGCCUAAGUAUAAGAUUGAGCAUGGUGGUGACAGGCACUCAGUCACCAUCAUCUCUGUCACCGAAAAAGAUGCUGGAGAGAUUAGCAUUGAUGCAGAAGGCAAAAGCUGCAAAGCUACCCUGCAAGUGCAACAUGAGCCUGUGACAUUUAAGAAAAAGCUGGAGAACCUGACAGUGGAUGAGCAGAGUGAAGUGAAGCUGGAGGUGGAGCUCAGUAAGGCAUCAGAUGAAGUCAGGUGGAUGAAGAACAGUGUAGUGCUGCAGCCUGCAGGAAACAUGGAGAUUCGGGUAGACGGAGCCAAGCAGGCUUUGGUCUUCAAGAGUGUGACUUAUGCUGACCGUGGCAUCUACUCCUGUGAAACUCUGGAUGACAAGACCCAGGCCAAGCUCAGUGUGGAGAUGAAGAAAAUCUUGGUAAUAAAAGGCCUAACAGAAACCAAGGCACAUGAGACAGAGACAGUAACUCUUGAGGUAGAACUCAGCCAGGCUGAUGUUGAAGGCUUCUGGACCAGGGAUGGGGCCAAGAUUAAGUCAGGGCCCAACUGCCGCAUCACAGCUCUGGAUAAAAAGCACGCCCUUACGUUGUCCAAUCUGAAGAGAGAAGAUGCAGGGACUUUUGCCUUCCAAGCAGAUGGCGUUCAUACUUCUGGCAAACUGAUUGUCACAGAACCUCCUGCUAUGAUUUCCAAGCCCAUAAUGGAUAUCAGUGUUCCUGAGAAGGAGAAGGUUACUUUUGAAUGUGAAGUGUCCAGAACAAAUGCAGACGUUAAAUGGUUCAAGGAUGAUGUGGAACUGAAACCGGGGAAGAACUUUGGCAUCCAUUCCUUGGGCCGAAAACGUACUUUAGUCCUCAACAAAUGCACCCCUGAAGAUGCAGGCACUUACAUCUGUCGUACUACUGAUGAUAACACCUCUGCCAAGCUCACUGUUCAUGCCAGAGAUAUUAAGAUUGUUAAGAAGCUGGUGGAUGUGGAGGUGAUGGAGAAGGAGAAUGCCGCAUUUGUCUGUGAAAUCUCACAUGAUGAAGUGGACUGCCAGUGGUAUAAAGGAAAUACUAAACUCAAAGUCAGUGACAACAUCAAGAUGAGACAAGAAGGCAGAACCUAUGUGCUGCUGUUUAAGUCUGUUUCCCCAGAAGAUAUGGGUGAGAUUAAAUUUACAGCUGAGAAGGCCUCUUCAACUGCACAACUUAAAGUGAAAGAGCUGCCUGUCAAGUUUGUGAAGAAACUCAGGGAUAAGAUAGCGAUGUAUAAGCAUCGUGGUCAUCUUGAAUGCCAAGUGUCACGUGCUAGUGCAAAGGUGAAGUGGUACAAGAACAAGAUGGAGCUCGAACCCAGCAAGAAGUAUGAGAUCAAAAGUGAAGAUGUGUACCGAAAACUCACCAUCAAUGAUGUGGACACUGGGGACGAAGACACGUACACCUGUGACGCCAUUGAUGACAAGACAUCCUGUAAACUGCUUGUGGAAGAGCAGUCCAUAAGCAUUGUGCGGGAGCUUAGUUCAGUAGAAGUGACAGAACCCUUUGCAGCUGUCUUCGAAGUUGAAAUCAGUGUGGACCUGGUGAAACCUCCUGCUUGGACUCUGGAUGGAGUUGCUGUGCAGGAGGGCGCUGAUGUUGAGAUGGAGAAAGAGGGAACAAUGCACCGUCUCACUUUCAAAAAGACCAAAGCAUCCAUGACAGGACCUGUGCAGUUUACAGCUGGAAAGAGCAAGUCUUUAGCCCAGCUCACAGUCAAAGAGCGUCCACUUGAGAUUGCAGAGCCCAUCAAAGACGUGAAGGCGAAGGAGAAAAGCUCAGCCAUACUCACCUGCAAAUUUUCUGCAUUGCCCAAAGAGAUUCAUUGGUUCAAAGGUCAGGUACCUUUGACAGCAUCAGACAAGUAUAACAUGAAGAAAGACACUACAAGGGCUCAACUUACCAUUCAAAGGUUGACUGAGGAAGACACUGGAGAGUACCGCUGUCAGUCCGGACCUGCUGAGACCAAAGGCAACCUUACUGUUGAAGUGCGUGAAAUGAAGAUCACCAAGCACUUGGCUGACACAGAGGUUGAUGAAGACAGCGAUGCAAUGUUUACAUGUGAGAUUAACUAUGAAGAUGAAGAGGUACAAUGGCUUCUGAAUGACAAGGUGCUCUGCACUAAUGAAGUCAACACCAUAACCCAUGAGGGAAAAGUUCACAAGCUCUCGCUUAAGAACUUGGCACCUCAGGACGGGGGAACUAUCACCUUUCAAGUCCGCAAAUUGAAAGAGUCUGUCACACUGAAAGUUAAAGAGAAGCGUGCUGUGUUCCUCAAGUCUCUAGACGAUGUCGUUGGAGAGGAGAAAGGCAUGAUAACUCUGGCAUGUGAGGCCUCCAAGCCCAGGGUUUCUCCCACAUGGAAGAAAGAUGGUAAAGUUUUGAAGGCUGGACCAAAGUAUGAGCUCCUUCACACAGGCAAGUCUUUGGGAUUGAUCAUCAAGGAUGUCACCAAAGAAGAUGCUGGAGAGUAUAGUUGUGAUCUUGGAACUGAAGUUUCUAAGUCAAAGGUCACUGUAAGAGAAAUUGGCAUUGGAAUUACCAAAUGGCUGAAGUCAGCUGAGGUGAAUGAGGGAGAGACAUGUAGCUUUGAGUGCAUCUUAUCUCGUGAGAGCACAGAUGAGUGCUCCUGGACUCUUAAUGGCCAAACAAUUAAAAAUGAAGGCCGCUUCAAGGUCUCUAGUAAAGGACGCAAGUACAUGCUGACCAUUAAGGAUGUCACCCCUGCUGAUACUGGAGAGGUGGUCUUCAACAUUAAAGACCUGAGCUCUAAAACAACAUUAACAGUAGAAGGAAAAGCUUCAUCUGUGUCAAAGGAACUACAGAAUGUUAGUGCUGUUCAAGGGGAAGAAGCUGUAUUUACUUGUGAAGUGACACACGCUACUUCGACUGUAAGGUGGACCAAGGAAAGCAAAGUUAUCAAGAAGAGCCAGAAGUAUGACAUCAGCCAAGAGGAUAAGGUCAUGAAGUUGAUCAUCCAUAAUGUCUCUGCUCAAGACUCUGGAGAGUACAGUUGUGAAGUUGUUGGAGGUGCAACCACCAAGGCCAAGCUGGAGAUCAAGGAGCCAAUCCAUAACUUCACUAAAGAACUAAAGGACAGCCAAGCAGAUGAGAAGAGCUCUGUGACCUUGCAAUGUGAGACUGCACAAACCCCAUCCAGAGUGAUAUGGCUUAAAGGUCACACAGAGCUCAAGGCUGGAGGUCAUUAUGAGAUAUCCCAGAAGGAGGGUGUCUUAACUCUCACCAUCAAACACCUGGAGGAAAAAGAUACGGAUAUCUACACUUGUGAUGUGGGCACUGCCAAGACCAUGGCAAAGGUGACAGUCAAAGCCCUGCCUGCCAGCUUUGUAAAGAAGCUCAAGAACCAGGAUAAAAAGGAAGGGGAGACUGUGACACUUUGCUGUGAGUUAUCAAAAUCUGCGGCCGACGUUCAGUGGAAGAAAGGCUCUGAAAUUCUGAUAGCUGGAGAGAAGUAUGAGAUGAAGCAGAAGGAGACCUCUUGUGAGCUUCAGAUCAAGAGUUUGAAGGUUGAAGAUAGCGGAGAGUACUUUUGCGUGUGUGGGGACCAGAAGACAUCUGCAACCGUGAAAGUCAAUGCCCUGCCUGCCAGCUUUGUAGAGAAGCUCAAGAACCAGGAUAAAAAGGAAGGGGAGACUGUGACACUUUGCUGUGAGUUAUCAAAAUCUGCGGCCGACGUUCAGUGGAAGAAAGGCUCUGAAAUUCUGAUAGCUGGAGAGAAGUAUGAGAUGAAGCAGAAGGAGACCUCUUGUGAGCUUCAGAUCAAGAGUUUGAAGGUUGAAGAUAGCGGAGAGUACUUUUGCGUGUGUGGGGACCAGAAAACAUCUGCAACCGUGAAAGUCAAUGCAUUACCGCCGACCUUUAUACAGAAGCUAGAGAGCCAGGAAGCUGAGGAGGGAGCUGACAUUGUUCUUCGUUGUGAGAUCUCUAAACCUGGAGUCCUAGUGGAGUGGAAGAAAGGAACACAAGUCCUGACGUCUGGAGAAAAGUACCAGAUGAAGCAGACGGCCUCUGUGAAUGAGCUCCACAUUGCUAAAGUGGUGCCAGAAGACAGUGGAGACUACAGCUGCAUGUGUGGAGACCAGAAGACCACAGCCAGUCUCAACAUUAAGGCCCAACCAGUGACCUUCAAAGAGAAGUUAGAGAGCCAGGAGGCUGAGGAGGGAGCUGACAUCAUUCUGCGCUGUGCGAUCUCUAAACCUGGAGUCUCAGUGGAGUGGAAGAGGGGAACGCAAGUACUGAAGUCUGGAGAAAGGUACCAGAUGAAGCAGACGGCCGCUGUGAAUGAGCUCCUGAUCAACAAAGUGGUGCCAGAAGACAGUGGAGACUACAGCUGUGUCUGUGGAGACCAGAAGACCACAGCCAGCCUCAAGAUCAAGGCCCAACCAGUGACCUUCAAACAGAAGUUGGAGAGCAAGGAAGCUGAGGAGGGAGCUGACAUCAGUCUACGCUGUGAGAUCUCUAAACCUGGAGUCCCAGUGGAGUGGAAGAGGGGAACGCAAGUACUGAAGUCUGGAGAAAAGUAUGAGAUGAAGCAGACGGCCUCUGUGAAUGAGCUCCUUAUCAAAAAAGUGGUGCCAGAAGACAGUGGAGACUACAGCUGUGUUUGUGGAGACCAGAAUACCACAGCCAGCCUCAAGAUCAAGGCCCAACCAGUGACCUUCAAACAGAAGCUUCAGGGUCAGGAUGCUGAAGAGGGAGCCAGUGUUACUCUGCGAUGUGAGAUCUCUAAACCCGGAGUGCCUGUGGAGUGGAAGAAGGGAACACAAGUCUUGAAGUCUGGAAAAAAGUACCAGAUGAAGCAGACGGCCUUAGUGAAUGAACUUCUGAUCAACAAAGUGGUGCCAGAAGACAGUGGAGAUUAUAGCUGUGUGUGUGGAGACCAGAAGACCACAGGCAACCUUAAGAUCAAGGCUCAACCAGUGACCUUCAAACAAAUGUUGGAGAGCCAAGAGGCUGAAGAAGGAGCUAGUGUUACUCUACGCUGUGAGCUCUCUAAACCUGGAGUCCCUGUCGAGUGGAAGAAGGGAAUGCACGUACUGAAGUCUGGAAAAAAGUACCAGAUGAAGCAGAAGGCCUUUGUGAAUGAACUUCUGAUAAAAAACUUGGUGCCAGAAGACAGUGGAGACUACAGCUGCGUGUGUGGAGACCAGAAGACCACAGGCAACCUCAACAUUAAGGCCCAACCAGUGACGUUCAAACACAAGUUGGAAGGCCAGGAAGCUGAGGAAGGAGCUAGUGUUACUCUACGCUGUGAGAUCUCUAAACCUGGAGUCCCAGUGGAGUGGAAGAAGGGAACACAAGUCCUGACGUCUGGAGAAAAGUACCAGAUGAAGCAGACGGCCUCUGUGAAUGAGCUCCACAUUGCUAAAGUGGUGCCCGAAGACAGUGGAGACUACAGCUGCAUGUGUGGUGACCAGAAGACCACAGCCAGCCUCAACAUUAAGGCCCAACCAGUGACGUUCAAACACAAGUUGGAAGGCCAGGAGGCUGAGGAAGGAGCAAGUGUUACUCUACGCUGUGAGAUCUCUAAACCUGGAGUCCCAGUGGAGUGGAAGAAGGGAACACAAGUCCUGACGUCUGGAGAAAAGUACCAGAUGAAGCAGACGGCCUCUGUGAAUGAGCUCCACAUUGCUAAAGUGGUGCCCGAAGACAGUGGAGACUACAGCUGCAUGUGUGGUGACCAGAAGACCACAGCCAGCCUCAACAUUAAGGCCCAACCAGUGACGUUCAAACACAAGUUGGAAGGCCAGGAAGCUGAGGAAGGAGCUAGUGUUACUCUACGCUGUGAGAUCUCUAAACCUGGAGUCCCAGUGGAGUGGAAGAAGGGAACACAAGUCCUGACAUCUGGAGAAAAGUACCAGAUGAAGCAGACGGCCUCUGUGAAUGAGCUCCAGAUCAACAAAGUGGUGCCCGAAGACAGUGGAGACUACAGCUGCAUGUGUGGUGACCAGAAGACCACAGCCAGCCUCAACAUUAAGGCCCAAUUAGUGACGUUCAAACACAAGUUGGAAGGCCAGGAAGCUGAGGAAGGAGCUAGUGUUACUCUGCGCUGUGAGAUCUCUAAACCUGGAGUCCCAGUGGAGUGGAAGAAGGGAACACAAGUCCUGACGUCUGGAGAAAAGUACCAGAUGAAGCAGACGGCCUCUGUGAAUGAGCUCCACAUUGCUAAAGUGGUGCCCGAAGACAGUGGAGACUACAGCUGCAUGUGUGGUGACCAGAAGACCACAGCCAGCCUCAACAUUAAGGCCCAACCAGUGACGUUCAAACACAAGUUGGAAGGCCAGGAAGCUGAGGAAGGAGCUAGUGUUACUCUACGCUGUGAGAUCUCUAAACCUGGAGUCCCAGUGGAGUGGAAGAAGGGAACACAAGUCCUGAUGUCUGGAGAAAAGUACCAGAUGAAGCAGACGGCCUCUGUGAAUGAGCUCCACAUUGCUAAAGUGGUGCCCGAAGACAGUGGAGACUACAGCUGCAUGUGUGGUGACCAGAAGACCACAGCCAGCCUCAACAUUAAGGCUGUGAAGCGAUCAGCUUCUCCUUCUGCUGCUGAACCUGAAUCUAAGAGGCAAGAGGCCAUUGAAACGAUGGAAGUCAAGAAGGUUGAAGCUUCAUCCGUAGUUGCUAAAGACCAAAUGCAGGAGAUACAUGAGACAGUAGAAGCCGUGACACUGCAAACCACAGGACAGACUCCUACUCAGCAACUCCUGAAACAGGAGACUCAGACACAGGAGCUGAGAGUUGAAGGUGAAGUUGAGAAGACUGCUGCUGGUAUAACUGCCGAACAAGAUACACAGAGGCAGCAGGGGACCAAAGAGCCAACAGAGGCAGAGAUCACAUCAGCUCCAACAGUAACCUCCAAAGUUGAGCCUGAGAAGGAGGAAUCCAAAAUUGUUGCUGAAGCAGAGAUCACACCAGCUCCAACAGUAACCUCCAAAGUUGAGCCUGAGAAGGAGGAAUCCAGAAUUGUUGCUGAAGCAGAGAUCACACCAGCUCCAACAGUAACCUCCAAAGUUGAGCCUGAGAAGGAGGAAUCCAAAAUUGUUGCUGAAGCAGAGAUCACAUCAGCUCCAACAGUAACCUCCAAAGUCGAGCCUGAGAAGGAGGAAUCCAAAAUCGUUGCUGAAGCUCUUCCAGUCAUAUUCCUUCAAGAUUUGGAAAGCCAAGAGGCUGAGGAGGGAGGUAGUGUUACUCUGCACUGUGAGAUUUCUAAACCUGGACUCCCUGUCGAGUGGAAGAAGGAAACUCAAGUCCUGAGUUGUGGAGAAAAGUACCAGAUGAAACAAAUAGGAUUCAGUUAUGAAUUACAGAUUUUUGAUUUGAGACCUGAAGACACAGGAAGCUACUCAUGCUCUUCAGAGGACACAAUAAGCUUGGCCUCUCUUUCAGUAAAUGCUCUGCCAGUUAUUUUCACAAAAGAGCUGGAGAGCCAAACAGCUGAUGAAGGGAACAGUGUCACUCUGCACUGUGAGCUCUCUAAACCUGAUGUUCCUUUGGAGUGGAGGAAAGGAGAACUUGGUCUUUGCCCGUGUGCCAAGUAUGAAAUUAGACAGACGGAAUGCCUCAACACACUAGUGAUCCAUGAUGUAGACCUAGAGGAUGCUGGAUGUUACACAUGUGACACUGGUGACCAUCAAAGCACUGCACAAUUGACCGUGAAGGCCCAGCCUGUCCUUUUCAAAACCAAGCUGCAGAACCUUGAAAAACAGGCAGGAAAGAGCGCUAGUCUUCGCUGCAUGACCACAAAGCCGGGAGCCAGUGUCAUCUGGAGGUGCGGUGACAGGGUGCUGGCAUCCAGCAGCAAGUAUCACCUGAAACAGGAAGGGGCGGUAGUAGAGCUUGUCAUCUAUAAACUUCAGGGAGCUGACUCAGGAGAAUAUUCAUGUGAUACAGGCAGCCAAAGAACUUCUGCUGUCCUCACUGUGCAGGAGGUUGAGGUUACAAUACUGAAAUUCUUGGAGAGCUGCGUCGUAUCUGAAGGUGAAGAUGUCCACUUUGAGUGUCUAGUUUCUCAUGAAGAGGCACCUCUGGCCCAGUGGAAACUCCAGGACGUCCCACUACAGAAUAAUGAAAUGAAUCUUAUUGAGAAUGAGGGUCGGGCACACAGCCUCACACUGCGUGGUGUCACCACAGCUGACUCAGGCACAGUCACUUUCUCAGUGGGUAACCACACUUCCACUGCCUCUCUGACAGUCAGAGCUGCACCUGUAUUAUUCAAGAAGGAGCUGGAAAGUCAAGAGGCCAUAGAAGGCAACAAAGCCAGCCUGUCCUGCGAGACAUCCAGCCCCGAUUGCAAGGUGACCUGGCGGAAGGGUUCGAGUCUGCUCACACAUGGGGAGAAGUACACUAUGGAGCAGAGAGCUACCACUCACACCCUGGUCAUACACAAGCUGAAUGUGGAGGAUAAUGGAGAAUACACCUGUGAUACAGGCGACAAGAAAAGCACUGCUACCGUGACUGUGAAAGAACAUGUGCGCAUCAUCCGGGAACUCUGCGAUAUUACUGUGACUACUGGGCAGGAUGCUGUCUUUGAAGUCGAGUUGUCUCACUCCGGUGUGAUAAAUGGGGAAUGGUGGCUCGGAGACAAUCUCCUUCAAAAUAAUGAUCUGAAUCAAAUGAGCAUCCAAGGUAGAGUGCACCGUUUGGCCUUGAAGAUGGUAACCACAGAUGAAUCAGGAGAUGUUGCCUUCGUAGUGGGAGAGGAGAAGAGUGUGGCGUGUCUGCUAGUGGAGGAAAAACCCAAAGUGCUAAUACUAGAGAAGCCACAUGACACUGUGGCAUUAGAGGGUGAAACUGUCACUCUGGCCUGCACCAUCUCUGACCCCAAGGCCAAUGUCACCUGGCUCAGAAACAACACCGCCAUCAAAGCAGGUCUCAAGUAUGACCUGAGGAAGAAUGGAGCAUUCCAACAGCUUCGGAUCCACAGCCUGGUGCCUGAGGAUUCAGGAACGUACACCUGUGACACUGGAGAUGCACAGUGUGACGUCACCUUGACUGUGGAAGGUGCGCCAGUAGUCUUCCAGAAAGAGCUCAACAACAUGGAUGCCAUAGAGGGUGAUGAUGUUAUCCUUUCCUGUGAGCUGUCUAAGAGAGGUGUUCGCGUUGAGUGGAGGAAAGGAGGCAAGGUCCUCCAGCCUGGUAAGAAGUAUGAGAUGAGGCAGGAAGGGUGCGUUCAAGAGCUCUGUAUACGAAACCUGGAGCCGGAUGACUGUGGCUACUACACCUGUGAUGCAGGAGACCAGCUCACUACAGCUUCUUUGGCAGUGCAAGUGAAAGAAGUCUUCAUUGUGUGUGGUCUUAAGACCACUGACGUCUUUGUUGGGGAAUGGGCAACCUUCUCCUGCCAGCUGUCUGGUAGGGCACCUGGCAAGGUGCAAUGGUGGUUGGAUGGCAACUUGCUGGAGAACAGCCCCUCUAGUGAGAUAGAGCUGAACCAGAACUUCAUCCAUACACUCACCUUAAAGAACCUGGCCACAGAUGACUCUGGCACUGUCACGUUCAAAGCUGGCAAUUUAACAUCAACAGCCAAGCUCCUAGUCAAAGCCAAACCCAUUGAAAUUGUGCAGGGCCUGGAGAAUAUGGAAACCUUUGAUGGAGGUGAAACAUUGUUUGAGUGUGCCCUCUCUCGUCCUGAGAGCAAAGAUUGCUGCUGGCUUCUUGAUGGGAAACCAGUGAAGGAAUCACCUAAUGCCGAGAUUGUGUCAUUUGAGAGUGGUCGUCGUCACCUGCUCCUGCUCAAAGAGUUGCGUGUUAAAGACAGUUGCACAGUGACCUUCAGAGCUGGUACAGCUUCCACAUCUGCCCAACUCUCUGUCAAAGGCUGGCAGCUGGAAGUUGCAAAGGCUCUGGAGGACAAGGUGGCAGCAGUGGGAGAUAAGGUUGAGUUUUGUGUUGAGCUGACCGAGCCUGUCCCUGCGGCAGAAGUAACCUGGUAUGCUAAUGGUGUUGAGCUCAAGCCCAGUGACCUCUGGGCUAUGAGGGCUGAUGGCUGCUCUUAUCGCCUUGUCCUGAGACAGGCACCUCUUUUGCCCCAGCAGGAAAUUACAUUUGCAGCUAGAGAUGCUCUCUCUUUGGCCAAGCUCACCAUCAUCACUGUACCUGAUCCUCCAGAGGACCCAGAGGUUCUCAGUAAGACUGAACAAUCUGUCACCCUCUCUUGGUUCACUCCUCUACAUAAUGGAGGGAGUCCCAUUCUGGGCUACAGAGUGGAGAUGCGGCUGGUAGACAGUGCCCUCUGGCUUCCAUCCCAUUCUGAACCUGUGUGCAACACAGAGUUUUUGGUCGAAAAUCUUCUUCCAGGGAGUAGCUACAGGUUUAGGGUGGCAGCCAUUAACAGAGCCGGGAUUGGAGAGCCUGUUGAGCUGCCUCAGACUGUGCAGCUUGAGGCACCUGUGCAGGCACUAAUUUGCCCAGGCACAGAGGCAACACAAGUAGAGUCUGACUUACUGGGGCAGCCCAGUCUGCCCCCAGAAGCUGCAGAAGAAGGUGAUGUCCAUGAACUGUGGGAGUCAUCGGCCAAGAAACGGCGCAUGAGUCGAGAGCCCACUCUGGACUCCAUCUCUGAACAGCCUGAGGAAGAUGGUAAAGGUGGUCAGAAGAAAUCAGAACAGAAGGAGAUAAGUGCGUCAGAGAAAGUGGAAACAAAAUCAACCGAGAAGGAGCAGGCCAUUGUUACUAAAAAGCAGACAGAGUCCAGUUUGUACACCAGCUCUGAGGAUGAGUCAGUGACUGGGGGUCCAACGCUUGUGUCCUACCUUAAGAAAAGCAGCAAGUCUUCUGUCACAGCAUCAAGUGAGUCAGAGACUCUUACCACUGAUAGGUUCUUUGCACAUUUCCAGAUGGCAGAGCAGAAAACAGUGCAGCAGACUGAAGUGAAAACAACCAUAAUUCAGCAGACGGAUACAAAACAGGUGUCUACAGAGGAGACUGACAGGGAGAUCGGUAAAGGGGAUGAGUCUGGGCUCACAGAUGCUGCCAUUAAGAUUCAAGCUGCCUUUAAGGGCUACAAGGCCCGCAAGGACAUGCGUCCUGUCUUCAAAGGGGUAUUCAAAGACCAGACCAAAGAACCUAGUGGCACCAUACAUCUGGAAUGUGUGGCAGAAGGUAAACCUGAUAAGGUGCGCUGGCUGAAGGACGGAGAACCACUGACGGAUGGCAAGCACCACCACAUUGAUAUCUACAAUGAUGGCACCUGCUCACUGGUCAUCACUGCCAUCACCACAAAGGAUACUGGAGUUUACACUUGUGAGGUCACCAACAAGUUUGGAGUCACCUCUCACAGUGGUAAGGUGACAGUGGGAACAGUGAGAGAAUCAUCUGGCCGACGGCCACUGACAGUGGGCUACAGUGCUGACAGUGAGCCUGAGAGCUCGUCAGGUAGUGAGAUGGAUGAGUCACUGAGGCAGGCAAGCAGACGCCUCCGGCGCUUGUUGCGCACACGUCUCCCUCCAGAUGUGGAGGAAGAACCAUUUGUCAGUGCAGAUGAAGGAGACCUGCGUCCCCCAGAUCCUCACUCUUACCGUGAGGAUGACAACUACAUUUACAUUCGCUUUGAUUCACGGACAGAGGCUGAGGUCGCCUCGAAGAGGUUCCAGGAGAUGUUUACAAUCCAUGGGGUUCCCGUGGAAACCACCAUCCUGGAGGCAGGGCAUCUCAAAGUGGAGCUGCGAAUUAAAAAGAUGGGCUACUCUGAAGAUGGCACACAGACCCCUACACAAGAUAGACAGCCACCUGCAUUAAUGACUGGAGCCCCUGCUGCCCCAGUCUUCUUGACAGAACUACGAAGUCAGGAUGUUCCAGAUGGAUAUCCAGUUAGCUUUGACUGUGUGGUGAUUGGCAAGCCCCCUCCCACUGUUCGCUGGUUUAAGGAUGGCAAAUUGCUGGAGGAGAAUGACCAUUACAUGAUCAAUGAAGACCAGGAGGGCUGCCACCAACUAAUUAUCACCACUGUGCUUCCCACUGACAUGGGUGUCUAUCGCUGCACAGCUGAAAACAGCAGCGGCAUUGCAGCCACUAAGGCUGAACUCAGGGUGGACAUGUCUUGCAGCUCAGAUUAUGACACUGCUGCUGAUGCCACUGAGACAUCUUCCUAUGUCAGUGCCAAGGGCUACCUUUCCAGGGAAACUGAGACCUUCGAGUCUGUGACUGAAGAUGAUCAGUUACCACAAGUUAUAGAGGAACUUCAUGAUGUUCAUGUCAGUCCAGGUUCACCUAUUGCAAAGAUGGAGCUCAAAGUAAAGGGCUUCCCCAAACCCAGAGUAUACUGGUUCAAAGAUGGCCAUCCUCUGCGGGCCUCAGCAAGGAUUACGUUGCUAGCAGAGCGAGAUUAUCAUGGUGUGGAGAUCCUGGAGGUGAAGAAAGAGGACAUGGGAGAGUACUCUGCUUACAUCAGCAAUGCAGCCGGUUCUGCUUACUCCUCUGCCCGACUGAUUGUCCUAAAACCAGGGGAGAUUUUGCCACAAGAUAAAAAAGAUUCCAAGGAGCCCUUGGUGCCACCACGGUUCCUUGAAAGGUUCAGCAACAGGAAGGUGAAACAAGGAACCAGCAUCACUUUGUCUGUCAAAGUAGAAGGGUCUCCCACUCCCAUGGUCUCCUGGCUGAAGGAGGAAUCAAUGGAAGAUGUCCUGUGGAUCAAGCCUGAUACCAAGGGAUACAAAAUAGCAAGCUCUGGGCGACAGCACAGCCUCAUCUUGAUGGAUGUGGGAACAGAGUACACUGGUGCCUAUACGUGUAUUGCCACAAAUAGGGCAGGACAGUCCAUCUGCACUGCCCACCUCGAGGUGGAUGACACACCAAAGAAAGAGACCAAAGCCACAGAGGUUCUUGGGAUUACAGUUAGUCCUCCAGAGGAGGAGGCUAACAGAGAAAAAGAGGGUAAAAUACCCUACAUAGGUGAAGUAGGUACAGAGGAAUUCCUCAUGAAACUCACCUCCCAGAUCACUGAAAUGGUAUCAGCGAAAUUCACUCAAGACAGCUCACAGAAUCACGAAGUGCUCCAGUGGAUGAAAUCUUGGCCUAAAGCUACCACUUCAUUACGCGUACCAGGUGUUGACAGUGAUGAUGAGACUAAGACCCCCUCUGCAUCACCUCAUCACGGUCGCUCUCGUCCUCCUUCCCUCAUUGCUGACUCCUCCUCUGAGUCUGAUGAGGGGGAUGCCAGGGGAGAGAUGUUUGACAUCUAUGUGGCAACGGCUGACUACAACCCCACCAUUGCAAGCAAAGAAUCCAUCUCCCUGAAGGAGGGACAGUAUGUUGAGGUUUUGGACUCAGCUCAUCCACUCAAGUGGUUAGUCCGGACCAAACCCACCAAAACUACACCAUCUCGCCAAGGAUUCGUCUCACCUGCCUACCUGGACAAGAAACUCAAACUCUCUGCUGAUACGGGUGACCUUCCAGAAACAAAUGUAGAGGAGGUAUCUGAGGGAGAAUACAAGAGGAAAUUAUUCCAACUGAUUCAGGACUUGGUCAAGGGUGAAUCAGAGUUUGUUAAAGAGGUAAACUUCUUUACCUCCCAUCACCUGAAGCAUGCAGACAGCUCCGAUGCACCACCUGAUGUCAGCAGCCACAAAGAAGCCAUAUUUAGGAACAUUGAUGAUAUCAAGACCUUCCACAGCAAGGCCUUCAUGCCAAAGUUAAAUGACUGUGAGACAGACGAUGACAUAGCCAUGUGCUUCCUGAAGAACAAAGAGGGCUUCGAGAAGUACCUCCAGUAUCUUGUAGGUCAGGGUCAGGCUGAAUCUGCCCUCAGUGACAAGACUGUCCACUGCUUCUUCAAGGAGUACACUGACAAAGAGCAAGCCAGUGCAGACCCUGCGGGUCCCCCUGUACGCAGCAUCAACACCUACAUCCAACAACCACUGGAGAGGAUUCAGAAGUACAAGGUCUUCCUCAAGGAGCUCAUUCGAAACAAGGCAAGAAACGGUCAGAACUGCUGCCUCCUGGAAGAGGCGUAUGCCAUGGUGUCUGCACUUCCUCAGCGCUCCGAGAAUACCCACCAUGUCUCCAUGAUAGAGAACUAUCCUGCAACCCUGGAAGUACUAGGAGAGCCACUUAGACAGGGACCUUUCCAAGUGUGGGAGGGAGCGCCUGGAAUUAGGACGUCCUCUAGAGGUCACCACCGCCACGUGUUUCUCUUUAAGAACUACUGUAUAAUCUGCAAACCCAAGAGAGACAGCAACACUGAUACACAAGCUUAUGUCUUUAAGAACAUGAUGAAGCUGAAUAACAUUGAUGUGAAUGAGACAGUGGAGGGUGAUGACCGUGCCUUUGAGAUCUGGCAUGAACGCGAGGACUCGGUCAGAAAAUAUACCUUGCAGGCCCGAACCGUUACCAUCAAGAACUCAUGGCUGAGAGACUUCCGAGAACUACAACAGCGAUACACCAUGCCUGCUUGGAGUCCCCCUGACUUUGAUGAAAUUCUGGCAAACUGCACAGCGGAGCUGGGACAGACUGUUAAACUGGCCUGCAAAGCCACUGGAGUACCCAAACCUGUGGUCACCUGGUACAAGGACGGACGUGCAGUGGAGGCAGAUCCUCAUCACAUCAUCAUUGAGGACCCUGAUGGUUCCUGCACGCUUAUACUGGAUAACAUGACAGCAGAUGAUUCUGGCCAGUACAUGUGCUUUGCCACAAGCCCAGCUGGCAAUGCCAGCACUCUUGGCAAGAUCACUGUUCAGGUGCCUCCUCGUUUUGUGAAUAAAAUGAGGACUGCUAUCUUUGCUGCUGGUGAGGAUGCUCAGUUCACUUGCGUCAUACAGAGCGCCCCUAGCCCCAAGAUCAGGUGGUUCAAGGACGGCAGGCUGCUGACUGACCAGGAAAAGUAUCAGACCUACAGUGAGCUCCGUAGCGGAGUUCUGGUCUUGGUAAUAAAAAACCUAACAGAGAGAGACCUGGGACACUACGAGUGUGAGUUGUCCAACCGUCUGGGCAGUGCCAAGUGUGCUGCUGAUUUAGUUCUACCCUCCGCUGUGGCUCGCAGUGGUGAGCAGGCCAUCAGGAUUGAAGUUACAGAGCAGGAGACUAAAAUACCAAAGAAAACCAUCAUCAUUGAGGAGACUAUAACCACUGUGGUGAAGAACCCACGUAUGAGGAGGCACAGGUCCCCUGGCUUGACUGUUACUGGAGCCCACCGCUUGGAGACUUCCACCCCAGAGCCCCCCACAGCCAGGCUGAGGAGGAUGCCCACUCCAAGAAAGACCACUAUCCCAACCCUUUAUGUUACUGAGCCUGAGGGUGCUGAGGCCAGGGUCACGGAAAGCAAGCCCAAGUGGGUUGAGGUAGAGGAGGUCAUUGAGUACAAGGUCAAUAAAUCUCCCAGGCCGCCCAGGAGGAGAGGCAUCUCACCGGCAGGGUCUGAUCGUGCAGCCACUCCCUCCAGACCCAAAAGGUCUCCACCAGAAAACCCAAAUGCCAACAAUUCCAACAACAAGCUGGUGGAGCAGGCACAGGCCCAGCUGCAAGGAGACGUCAGCAGCCAGCCGCUCUCCUGGGAAGACGAGGAGGGUAGUGCUCCCUCUGGUUCUGCCGCUGAAAUCAUUGGAGAGCCACAUGAGCUCUCAUCUGUCCUUACCACAGCUGAAGAGAACGACGAGGACCUGGAUGACCAACAGACCGUCAUCUUUGAACCCGAUGACGAAGAUAAUGAUCUUGACCUUUACAGAAAGCAGGAACCAAAGAUCCUGACACAUGGAGAUCGUGUUUUGACCCUCGAGGACUUGGAGGAUUACGUCCCAGAAAAAGGAGAGACCUACGGCUCCUCCAGCACCCACGACCACCCGGCUGAAAAGCCGUGUGAGAUCUCCGUGCUGCAGAGGGAGAUCGGUGGGUCCACGGUGGGACAGCCAGUGCUCCUCAACGUGGGGCGGCCUGUCAUGGUCCCGAGACAGAGGAGUGGCUUCUUCAGUCGCUUCAGGGAUCAGCUCUCCAGCAGCCUCUUCUCAUCUGCUGCCCCCCAAGCCAGUGGCACCCGGUCUAGAACGGAGAGGAAUGUCCCCAUUCAAGUGAGCCACGCAAAGCUGGAAGUGAAGCCUUCAUACUGCUCAGAGGUGCAGAGAGUUGAGGGUGGGCAGCAGAGCUUUAAAACCAAAGUGUCAACUCAGACCUACGGAUACACAUCAGUGGGAAACCCAGUCACUCUUCAAAUUAGUGAUAAUCUUUAUCAGAACCAGUAGCUUUAAAAUAACUGGGGUACAAGAAAGUAUAAUUUGGUACCACAAAUCCUCUUAGUCUUAAAUGGGGACAAUACUUUUCUACUUACAUGAUGAAUAAGACAUAUCCUAACCUGAAGUAUAUUUACUGCAUUUGACAAACCAUUCCAUUUUGAAGCUAUCCAUCAGAAAAUAGGCUCAUCAGGUCUUUUUCUUGUCAAAUGGUUAGAGUCAGAUGGUCUCUUUAGACGUUCAGGCGUUUCUAUAGAGAAAACUCUAAAGAAGAGAGAAAAUCUAAGUAUAAAUUGUGUCACUGUAAGCAGGUUUCAGUCCCACACGGUUCUGUUACAACAUCUAUAAAACAGUAAGUGUAUGUGUUAUAUAAUACAUAGUGGACAGAAGCCAAGAAACCAAGGCUUGACAUUUGACUGAUGGACUUUUGAAGGCUCUAACAUUACAUGUUUUGUUUCAGUUACACAUAGUUUCACAAAAUUAUGAAUCCAGGCAGUAUAUUUAGUGAUGCUUUAUACAUAAACAAAUAGCUAUAUAUUUAGAUAUACAGUAUAUAUUUUUGGUUUUUACUUUUGUACCUUUCAAGAAAUGUUGCCUUUUUCACUUUUGCAGUGACCAAUUCCUGGAGCAGCAAAAGUUGGAGUUAAUGAAUAUUAAUGAGGUCAAGUCUACACCUUUCUAUUUCCGUAUUGCUAUAAGUUAAUUUAAAUAUGCAAUACUCAUGUCAACCUGAUAGCAGACCUUCGAUGACUGUUGUGGUUCAUGGGCUGUUGUUGAAGUUUAAUCAAAGAUGGGCUGUCAAAUAUGCUCAGGGAACUGAGUAUAUUUGACAAAAUAAGUCCUCAACACCUUUGUGAAUGAUUUCAAAGGUGAGCAACGUAUACAAACAUGACAUUUCUACAAGCAAAUCAUUUAAAUGGGCUGACAUAACAGAUCUCAACUGACUGUUGAAUUUACGUAAUUUAUUAGUGUGAAACAGAUGUUUCUACCAUCAGUUGUGAAUUUAAUGCUGUACUCAGUUUGUAGACAUAACUGUGUCUGUUAAUGCGGUGCAAUGACCUGUGAACUAACAGGAUAUCACAGGGAUAUUUCAGUGUAAGUGAUAUAUAGUUAGAUGAGUGACUGCAUGUAUUUGCUUUUUCAGAGCAAUUGUGUUCAUCCAAAGUAAUCCAGUCUUUCAUGUCGUAUUUAAUUAUGAUGAAAUGUUUGUGCAAAGUACCGACUUUACUACCUUCACUAUGCAAUUUAAGUGUCUAGAAUAAUUGCCUCCUUAAUUAUGUGUGUGUGUUGAUUUUUUAGUCAGUUACAAGGAUCAUGUUAUGUAUUUCAGUAUUACAGCACUAACAGAUUGUAAUUGCUUGUACAUGUGUAGUUUUUGAGAGACAUGUUUGUCUUCCAAAAGUGUUAAAUCUGAAUUAAAUAAAAGUACGGCAAAUU